AUGGCUUCUACGGAACUUAGCCUAAAAAGAACCUUAACGGAUAUUUUAGAAGACGAGUUGUACCAUACUAAUCCAGGUCACAGUCAGUUUACGAGUCAUUAUCAAAACUAUCAUCCAAAUGCUAGUAUUACUCCAUAUAAGUUGGUGAAUAAGAACAAGGAAAACAACACUUUUACGUGGAAUCAUUCAUUACAACACCAGAAUGAAUCGAGUGCAGCUUCGAUACCCCCACAACAAACCUACCAUUUCCCGAUAUUCAACAAAUACGCGGAUCCUACUUUAACUACCACCACCUCUUUUACGACUAGUGAAGCAACGGCCAACGAUAGACAGAUUAAUAAUGUCCAUCUCAUACCAAACGAGAUUAAGGGUGCUAGCGAAACCCCAUUGCAGAAGACCGUCAAUCUAAAGAAUAUAAUGAAAGUAUCAGACCCGUAUGUACCGACACGGAAUACGUUCAAUUAUGAUGUUAAAAUUUCCAACGAUUUUUUCGAUAACGGUGACAAUCUAUAUGGUAAUGAUGAAGAAGUGCUUUUCUAUGAGGAUAAUUAUAAUCCGAAAAUGCAGUGGUCACUUCAAGAUAAUAGCGCCGCAAUAAACAAUGAGGAUGCGAGAGCUAUUUUUAACAAUGAAUUUGACUCUGAUGACGACGAUAUCAGUGAUGAUGAAGAGGAUGAAAUAGAAGAAAAUUGUUUGCAACAAGAGCAACACCAAGAGGAGCCUUUACUGUCAUUGGAUGUUACACCAAUCUCAAUGUUUGGCUCAGAUCAAAAAACGGGUCGUGCCAAGAGUUCUAGUCAUUUAUUUAAUGAGUACAGUUACGUUGACUCUAACAUGGACAGCAUUUCCAGUGUUGUAUCUGAAGAUCUGUUAGAUGAACGGGGACAUGAGAAGAUAGAGGAUGAGGAUGAGGAUAAUGAUCUUGAUGAAGACGAUAUCUACGAUAUCUCUCUCUUGAAGAACAGAAGAAAGCAAAGUUUUGUCCUCAAUAAAAACACUAUUGAUUUUGAAAGAUUUCCAUCUCCCUCAACCUCGGCAAACGUACCGUCUACUGCUACUACCGGUAAAAGGAAACCAGCAAAAUCAUCCAGUAACCGUAGUUGCGUUAGUAACAGUAAUGAAAACGGCACAUUAGAAAGAAUAAAGAAGCCUACAUCAGCUGUAGUAAGCUCAAAUGCUAGUAGGCGGAAGCUAAUUAAUUAUACUAAGAAGCACUUAUCUUCACAUUCAUCUACAAAUUCGAAUUCGAAACCUUCGACUGCAUCACCAUCGGCCCAUACGUCAUCUUCUGACGGUAAUAACGAAAUAUUUACGUGUCAGAUAAUGAAUCUCAUUACAAAUGAACCGUGUGGUGCCCAAUUUUCAAGGUCCUAUGAUUUAACGAGACACCAAAAUACCAUUCACGCUAAAAGGAAGAUUGUCUUCCGUUGCUCGGAGUGUAUAAAAAUUCUUGGAUCUGAGGGCUAUCAGAAGACGUUUUCGAGACUGGAUGCUUUAACAAGGCAUAUAAAAUCGAAGCAUGAAGAUUUGUCGUUAGAACAACGUCAAGAAGUUACAAAAUUUGCAAAGGCUAAUAUUGGUUAUGUCAUGGGUUAA